GGUUGGGUUGACUGUUGAGUCGACCGGGUCAAGGUGCGUCCCUUCCAUUGUGGUGGAUGGCCGACACGAGGCGACAGAAGCCAUGCCCGUAACUCCCUCACGCCUUCUGAAACCCAUAAACCUUCCAGUUUCUUCGCUAAUCAGAAGCUUUAAUUCAUGGUCUUCACCUUCAGCCUCCAUAAGAAACGCUUCUUCUUCUUCUUCUCCUUACAAAGUCUUACAAGUGUACUCUCAGCUCCACCGCCAAUCUCGACCUUUUGACAGCUUCUCCAUACUCUUCACCAUCAAGUCCUGCGCCCAUUUGCGGAACCUCCCACUCUUUGGACACCUCCACGCCCAUCUUCUCAAACUGGGCUUCAAUUCCCAUGUCUACGUCGCCACUUGUCUUCUCCAUACGUAUUCUCUCGCUUCGUUGCAUGACGCCUGUGUCCUGUUCGAUGAAAUGCCUCAUAAAAACACCGUUACCUGGAACACCAUGAUCACGGCCUAUUCGAAAUCUGGGGACGUUAAGAAGGCGCGUCUCGUGUUUGAGCAAAUGCCCUUGAGGGACCUCGCUUCGUGGUCUGCCAUGGUCGCUGGGUACAUGUAUGGUGGCGAGUGGCAUAGUGGGUUGGCGCUUUUUCGAGAGAUGGUGGUGAAUGAGGGGCUGAGACCUGAUAAAGUGACACUGGGGUCGGUUUUAUCGGGCUGCGCCCGGAUGGGUUCGCUUGGGUUGUUGGUGGGGAGGUCAAUUCAUGGUUUCACGGCGAAGAAUGGGUGGGAGUUGAGUGUGGACCUUGGUACGGUUUUGGUGGACAUGUACGCCAAGUGUGGAUUUCUUAAGAGUGCUUUCCGGGUUUUUGAUUUGAUGCAGGAAAAGAAUGUGGCGUCUUGGACUGCAUUGAUUUGUGGUUCUGCUCAACAUGGAUAUGGGAAAGAAGCCUUGUCCAUGUUUGAGCUGAUGCAAGAUAUGGGCGUGAAACCCAAUGAGAUGACUUUCACCGGGAUUCUCAGUGCUUGUGCACAAGCAGGAUUAGUUGAGGAAGGCCGCAAGUAUUUCAACAAGAUUGAGGAGUAUGGGUUGGAGCCAAGAAUUCAACAUUUUGGCUGCAUGGUUGAUUUGUUUGGUAAGGCAGGGCUUUUAGAGGAAGCUUAUGAAAUUAUUAAUUCAAUGAAACUUGAGCCCAAUGUUGUUUUGUGGAGCUCAUUUUUGUCAUCUUGUAAAGUGCACAAGCAGUUUGAGCUGGCAGAGAGAGUGACUGAGCAGGUUUUAAGGACAGUAAAGCCGGAGAACGAUGGAGGGGUUUAUACCCUUAUUUCCAAUUUAUUUGUUCUGAAUGAUAAGUGGGAUGAUGCAGAGAGAGUGAGGAAAUUAAUGGUCAAUCAAAAAGUGAGGAAGGCAAGAGGAUCUAGUUUCAUCAGAAGUGGAUCUGUCUAGAAGUUUACCAUUUUUAUCUGUUCCUGGGCAAGCGGGCAAGCCGUCAAGCGGUCAAGCCAUCAACUUUUCUUUCGGUUCCCAGCCCGUUUGGUUGGUGCUAUGUUGCAAGCUUGACUCAAACUUAAAAAUAGAAGCAUUCUUUGAGAAGGGUGAAUUUUUUCCUUUUCAAUUCUUAUACCUUUAUAUUUAACACUUGAUAGAAUGAAGAAGAUGAGGAAGGCUUACUAUCAGAGUUCAAAAUCUCUGAAAUGUGAGAAAGAACUAUAUUCGUUUAUCCACAUAAAUGGUCAUUUGCUUUCAAAAACAUGGCAAAAAUGAUUGGACUGUUUGCUUUGGGGGCUAAUCACUAAUUGAGUUCUCUGAGUGUUCUGAUUAUGGCCCUGGGAAAAUUGAUAAAGUCCUCUGAGUCAAGUAGAGACACCACAUGUUACCCUUUAUUUUUUUCAUAACAAAGUUUAUUUUUUUCCUUUAAA